GACGAGAAGGAGCGUUACAUCGCUCCCACAGUGCUGGCUGACGUGCUGCCCUCUGACCCUGCCAUGCAGGAGGAGAUCUUUGGGCCCAUCCUCCCCAUCGUUGUUGUGGCCAACAUGGAUGAAGCCAUUGACUUCAUCAACGCGCGGCCGCGGCCAUUGGCCAUCUACGCCUUCUCCUGUGACAGCAAGGUGGUGAACCAGGUCCUGGAGAGGACGAGCAGCGGUGGCUUCUGUGGCAACGAUGCCCUGAUGCACCUGACAUUGACCUCAAUGCCCUUUGGUGGGAUCGGAAACAGUGGUUUGGGGAAAUACCACGGCAAGUUCACUUUCGACACCUUCAGCCACCACCGCGCCUGCCUGCACCGCAACAUGGGCCUGGAGACCCUCAACGCCCUGCGCUACCCGCCCUACAGCCAGCAGAAGAUGGGCUUGUUGACGGCCACCUUCGAGAUCAAGCGCAAGGGCAUGUGUACCCUGCUCUGA